GCGUCACCGAGGUCCCCGACGUGAUUCGUCGAGUGGGAAAAUUCCGACUUUUCGUUUAUUUUUUUUCUACUAUUUAGUAACUAAUAUCGUCUUCUGUCCGCAAUCGCUUCGAUCGGGAAUUUGGGACGCUCAGUCACGACUCACGUUCGUCCCUCAGUCGUUACUCGAUGCAAUUUAGUUUUGUAUCACUUUUCCUUAUCGCGUCAGUCACUCUCACUCGCCACUGACUCAGUCUUGCGGCUGCAGCACUUAGAGCAUACGGACAAUUAUUGAGAAAUCAUACUCGCGGCGAACACCGAUCAAACGAUAAAUAAACAACAGUUCGAGACUGGACAACUGCAUUCGACGGAAUCGUCGUUUCCGCAGAACCUCAAUCAAAUAUGGCUAUAAAUGUGUAUUCAACUAAUGUCACAUCUGAUAACCUAAGUCGUCAUGACAUGUUAGCAUGGGUAAACGAUACUCUGUCUGCAAGUUUUACGAAAAUAGAAGAACUAUGUUCAGGUGCUGCUUACUGUCAAUUUAUGGAUAUGUUAUUCCCUGGUAGUGUGCAAAUGAAACGAGUCAAGUUUAGAACAAAUCUUGAACAUGAAUAUAUACAAAAUUUUAAAAUACUUCAAGGAGCUUUUAAAAAGAUGGCAGUUGACAAGGUGAUACCUGUUGACCGCUUAAUCAAAGGACGUUUCCAAGAUAAUUUUGAAUUUUUACAAUGGUUCAAAAAGUUCUUUGAUGCUAAUUAUGAUGGACGUGAUUAUGAUGGCCUUGAUGCUCGUGGUGGUGUUAUGAUUGGUUCUGGUGCAGCAGAAGUCUGUGGUUUUCAAGCACCUCCACCAUAUCGUGUACCACAAGCUGCUCGCGCUUAUAAAAGCCCGUCCUAUGGACAUGUGUCUAAUCGUGUACCCUCAACAAGACCAGCAGCACCAGCUAGUCAGCGUGAUAGAGGGGAUCACAAAAUUGAUGAACUUACUAGACAGAUGAGUGAAUUGAGAGUUACAGUUGAGGGCUUGGAAAAAGAACGCGAUUUCUAUUUUGGUAAAUUGCGUGACAUUGAGGUGAUAUGCCAGGAACAAGAAAGUGAACAUCCAUUAUUCUCUAAAGUAUUGGAAAUUCUUUAUGCCACUGAGGAAGGAUUUGCUGCUCCAGAAGAGGUUGAUACUAACAAUCAUGAUGAUGAUGAAGCUUACUAAUAGAGUCUCUUAUUUAAUUUUUUUACUUAAUUAUGAUUUUUUUUAAUGAUAUUUAUUAUAUUUUACAGUACGCUAUAUAAUAAACUGCUAAAAGCACAUGUUCAAAAU